AUGUGCCACACCAGCUGCUCCACUGGCUGCCACUGCUCCCCCUCCUGCUGUGUGCCCAGCCCCUGCCAGUCUGCCUGCUGUGUGUCCGUCCCCUGCCAGUCAGCCUGCUGUGUGCCCAGCCCCUGCCACCCCUGCCAGUCUGCCUGCUGUGUGCCUGUCUGCUGCAAACCCACUGUAUGUGUGCCUGUGUGCUGCAAGCCUGUGACCUGUGGAAUCCCAUCCUGCCAGGCCUCCUGCUGCCAGCCAGCCUCCUGCACCUCCCUGCUCUGUGCCCCCUCCUGUGCCCCCUCCUGCUGCUGA